AUGUUUUUAAGAAGAGUGGCUUACCUAUAUAAAAGUUUUUAAAACACUUAGAAGCAAUCUUUUAGCUUUUUUAAUAAUUAGAUUAGCGAUAAAUACGGUAAAAAAUGCUGCCGUUAUCAUUAGGAUGGAAAACCCUUGGCUCCUUAAAAAGUUGAAUAAAUUAAAAAUUCUAUUUCUGAUUUUGUUAAAGGUUGGAAUCUUAAUGAAGACAAAACUAGAUUAAUUAGAUAUUUUUACAUAGAAGACUACAUUAUGGCAGUACAAUUUUUGAAGGAUGUUGCUAAAAUUGAUGCAUUGAACUUUUAAAACUGCCCCUCAUUUUCUUUAUAAAAAGGUGAAUUAUUGACUUUAGAACUUUACUCUCCUCCUUUAAAUGGCUUGAGUUAAUUAGAUUUCUAAUUGGCAAUGAAAAUCAAUGAAAUGAAUCUAGAUGAAUACUUUUUAAUUCCUAUUGAAAAACCUGAAGAUUACAAGAGAUAAGUUUAAAUGGCGAAAAUGAAAAAAUAAAAUGAAUUAAUUCAAAAAUAAUUGGAAGAUGAUUUUAAUAAGAUAAAUAACAAAUUUUAAAAGGAAUCGCAAUAAGCAUGA